AUACAAAACAUUUGUGCAGAAAAAGAAGCGCUCAUGUGUGUGUGUGUCAAAAAUAAGCAAUAAAACAAAUUAUAAAAAAUAGUUUAGCCAAGUUAAAGCGUCUGUUGUAAAUUAAAACAGAAAUACCUUGAAAGUUUAAAAAUAAAAAGUGUGCUUUGAGACAGUGUAGAGUAGUGCGGAGCUUAACGCCUGCCGCUGCGUCGGAAUGCAGCCGUUGAUAUCAGCGCCAUGGCGUUGGCGCUACCUUCGUCUAAGCCUUUGUCUCGCCAUGCUCGACAUGCAGCUGCGAUAUGUGUUGGCGCUGCCCGACGUCAUUAAAAUUGGUGGCCUAUUUCAUCCUACCGAUGACACACAGGAACUGGCGUUCCGUCAGGCUGUCGAGCACAUCAACUCUGAUCGAUUAAUAUUGCCGCGUUCCAAGUUGGUGGCGCAAAUCGAGCGUAUCUCGCCGUUUGAUAGCUUCCAUGCGGGAAAAAGGGUUUGCGGUUUGCUGAACAUUGGCGUGGCAGCUAUAUUCGGGCCGCAAUCUUCCAACACAGCGAGCCAUGUGCAAAGUAUCUGCGACAAUAUGGAGAUACCUCACUUGGAGAAUCGUUGGGAUUACCGCUUGCGACGUGAAAGUUGCCUAGUGAACUUGUAUCCGCAUCCAAACACACUAGCUAAGGCUUAUGUGGAUAUCGUCAAGUAUUGGGAAUGGAAAACCUUCACGAUUAUCUACGAGAACAAUGAUGGUAUUGUACGGUUACAGGAGUUAAUCAAGGCGCAUGAUAACUCACCGUAUCCGAUUACAGUACGACAAUUGAGUUAUUCGGGGGAUUACAGGCCACUGCUCAAACAAAUCAAAAACUCCGCCGAAGCACACAUCGUACUCGACUGUUCCACCGAUAAAAUUUACGAAGUACUCAAACAAGCCCAACAAAUUGGCAUGAUGAGCGACUAUCAUAGCUAUCUGAUUACCUCACUUGAUCUGCAUACCAUCAACUUAGACGAAUUCCGUUAUGGUGGCACAAACAUAACCGGCUUUCGUCUGAUUAACGAGAAGGUCGUCUCGGAUGUGGUGCGUCAAUGGAGUUUUGACGAUAAAGGCUUACAACGCUCGGCGAAUUUGAGUACGGUGCGAGCGGAGACUGCGCUCAUGUAUGAUGCGGUACAUCUGUUCUCAAAAGCACUACACGAUUUGGACACUUCACAGCAAAUAGAUAUACAUCCCAUCAGCUGUGAUGGACAGAAUACGUGGCAGCAUGGUUUUAGUCUAAUCAACUAUAUGAAGAUUGUCGAAAUGAAGGGUCUAACAAAUGUGAUAAAAUUUGAUCAUCAAGGCUUUCGCACCGAUUUCGUGUUGGAUAUUAUCGAGUUAGGGCCGACUGGUAUACGCAAAAUUGGCACGUGGAACUCAACAUUACCGGAGGGUAUCAACUUUACGCGUACCUACAGCCAAAAACAGCGCGAAAUUGAAGCGAACUUGAAGAACAAAACGCUUACGAUUACAACAAUAUUGAGCAAUCCGUAUUGCAUGCGCAAAGAAUCGGCAGUACCACUCUCGGGCAAUGAUCAGUUCGAGGGUUACGUUGUUGAUCUCAUACAUGAAAUUUCAAAGGCUUUGGGAUUUAAUUACAAAAUACGACUGGUGCCGGACGGCAACUAUGGAAGUUUUAACAAACAAAAUGGCGAAUGGAACGGCAUGAUACGCGAGCUGUUGGAGCAACGCGCCGAUCUUGCAGUUGCCGAUCUGACCAUCACCUUUGAGCGUGAACAAGCGGUAGACUUCACCAUGCCCUUCAUGAACUUGGGUGUCUCAGUGCUUUAUCGUAAGCCCGUCAAACAGCCGCCGAAUUUAUUUUCAUUCCUUUCGCCGCUUUCGCUGGAUGUUUGGAUUUAUAUGGCCACAGCUUAUUUGGGCGUUUCAGUACUGCUCUUCAUUUUGGCGCGCUUCACACCCUACGAAUGGCCUGCAUAUGCUGAUGCGCACGGCGAAAAAAUCGAGAGCCAAUUUACUCUCAUGAAUUGCAUGUGGUUUGCCAUUGGUUCGUUAAUGCAGCAAGGCUGUGACUUUUUGCCCAAAGCUUUGUCAACACGCAUGGUGGCUGGCAUAUGGUGGUUCUUCACUUUGAUCAUGAUCUCCUCGUACACCGCCAAUUUGGCUGCUUUUCUCACUGUGGAACGUAUGGACUCGCCCAUCGAGAGUGCUGAAGAUCUGGCCAAACAGACGCGAAUUAAAUAUGGUGCUUUGAAGGGUGGCAGCACGGCAGCAUUCUUCAGAGAAUCGAAAAUCUCAACAUAUCAACGCAUGUGGUCUUUCAUGGAGUCCGCUCGGCCUUCUGUAUUCACUUCAACCAAUGCUGAGGGUGUGGAUCGAGUGGCUAAGGGUAAAGGUUCAUAUGCCUUUCUCAUGGAGUCUACAUCCAUUGAAUAUGUGACCGAACGUAAUUGUGAGCUGACACAAGUGGGCGGCAUGCUGGACACCAAAGGCUAUGGCAUUGCAGCGCCACCCAAUUCCCCUUAUCGCACCGCCAUCAACGGCGUGAUACUCAAGCUGCAGGAGGAAGGCAAAUUGCAUAUACUGAAAACGAAGUGGUGGAAGGAGAAGCGUGGCGGUGGCAGUUGUCGCGUAGAAACAUCGAAAUCCUCAUCUGCGGCGAAUGAGUUGGGUUUGGCGAACGUGGGUGGGGUGUUCGUAGUGCUAAUGGGCGGCAUGGGCGUGGCGUGUGUAAUUGCUGUGUGUGAAUUUGUGUGGAAAUCGCGAAAGGUCGCUGUCGAAGAGCGGCUAAGUGCAAUUUUGCAUGAAUGAGAAUAGAUAUAGUAAAUCCAAGAUGAAUGGGUUUAAGCUAAGCAAAGCACACAGAGAAAAUACCAAGGGAAUUGGAGAGAAAAAUUGGUAUAAGAAAAAGCAUAACUGGAAAAGUAAGAAAGGAAGAAGUAAACAAAAAAUAGGAAAAAGCAUUAAACUUGAUAGCGAAAUCGACAUACAAUUACUUACGAAGGAAAUUAAUUUCUUCUUCUAAUACAUUUACAGUGAUUUUUAGUAUAGGAAUACGCAGUACAUGCAGACAUCAUUUAUAAUUUUACAUGCAUACGUACAUACUUAGAUAAUUAAGGACGGAAGCAGUGUUUCAAAUGAGCAUUUAGUAUUAGUGCUAUGUAGUUAGCAACACGCAUUUUAUGUACAUAUAUGCGCAUACAUUAGGGUGGGUGCAUUUUUUUCGACUUCGACUCAAAGGCAAUUUUCAGCUUUUCCAAAUUUUAAAGGAGACUGACUUCAAUACAUACGAGGAUUAGCCCUUUGAACUCGAGGCCUUUCUCGCUUGCGCAAACCAGUAACUCAACACGAUUUCCAAAAUAGAUAUACAUUUUACAGGAACUUUAAAAAUAUUUAUAAACAAACCUGCUUAUUCAAAUAAUGAAAUUUCACCAGUUUAUUCAUUUAUUUAUACAUAUGUCGAAAACAACAAACUUUGAUAAACAUUACACCCUGAAUCAAUUUUGGUGUGAUAUUUAUUGAAAUAAUAGGCUAGGUGCGUCCUAGGCUUAUCGCAGUAAUGCGAAAUUUCCCGCCUAUCUCCAGACGUGUUACAGUCAGAACAAACCUUGCAGUCCCUUUUUGGAUAAGACCGUAGUGCCGUAGCAGUGCUGUUCGAUUUAAGACUUCAAAUAACUCGGGCGCUGCAGCAGCGCUGCUCUAGUUGACACUUCAAAUCAGCCUGGCGCCUCUGGAAUGCAAUUGGUUAGAGAGUCCCGGUGUUCUAGAGCUCGAAAAUUUAGGGUAUUUUCAGGAAUUUUUUUACAAUAAAAAAACGAAAAUCAAUAUUUAAAUUUUUAAAAUUUUUCAUUAACCUCUUUUACAUACAAAAAUGAAUUUUUUUUUUUUAAUUUUAAUAAUUUUAAAAAUGGCUCUGAAGUUGACUCACCUAAAAAAUUGUACCUCGACGGUGUGUCCAUUUUGACUCCUUUAGUUAUUUGAAACACAAAAACCAAAUUAAUCAAUAUGACUGUAGCUAUGAACCGCUACUAGAAUAAAAAUAAAAAAAUUGACAAAAUGUCGCGGUUUUGAAUUUGACACUCUAAAAAUCCGGUUUUUUCAAUUUUUUAAUAAAAAAAAAAAAACGAAAUAAUCAUAAGAUUUUAGGACGGACGAAAGCCAUUGAUGUUCUAAACAACAUACAAUAUUAAAAUUUCAGAAGAUUCGCUUGAAUAGUUUUUUUUUGACAACACCAGGCCGAAAAAAUUAGUUUGGAGUGGAUAUUUUCCAUUGAAGCCGCCGCGUGACGAAUCUGACUCUACCUGCUAAAACGUCUAUAGAAUUGAAAAUACUGGGAAUAUCCUUCCAAAAAUUUUAAAGUAUGUUCUUAAAAGUCUUUCGAAAUAUCAGAAAAACAAAACAAUUUUUUUGGAAAUUCUAGACCACCGGGACCCCUUACUUACUUAGUUACUUUGAAGGUUAUUUUUUUUAAUACAAACUUGUACUUUGUUGAUUUUUUGGUAUACAUUAUUCGGUAUAAAUUGAAUAUUUAAAGAAUCGCAAGAUGGCA